GCUGAAGUUACUAUUAAAUAACAAAGAAAUAGGCCUAAUAACACAUCCUAUCACCCCAAACGAAAUGGCGUCUUCAUCGUGGGUCUCUAAUCAGGCACCGUUAACUCCCGCCAAAACCCCAACCUUCGCCACACUUCUUAUCCGACGCACCGCCUGCCUCAUCCCACAUCCUCAUCUUCACCCAACCCUUCCUCUCUCUUUCUCAAUCCCCUCUCCAAAACCUAUCUCCGUAAAACCCUUCCUGCACCCUCUCAGAGCUUCACCUCCCCAGAAAUACGUUUACCCUGACCCUAUCCCUGAGUUCGCAGAAGCGGAGACCCUGAAGUUUAAAAGUGAGCUUUUCAAGAAGUUAUCCAAGGACAAACACACAUUUGGUGGUGAUCUUGAUGCUUGCAUUGAGGUCUGUGGUGAGGUAUUUAACAAUUUCUUGCACGAUGAGUAUGGAGGACCCGGAACAUUGUUAGUGGAGCCUUUCACCGAAAUAUUUGUUGCUUUAAAAGAGAAGAAUUUACCUGGAGCUCCUAUGGCCGCACGGGCAUCGUUGUUAUGGGCCCAAAACUAUGUUGAUCAUGAUUGGAAGGUUUGGAACUCAAACUCAACCAAGUGAUUUCCUCAACAUAAUUCAUAAGAUUUUUUUUUUUUUCAUUUCAUCAUAGCUAUGUACUGUAGCAGAAGUUGUAUAAAAUAGUGAGUGAAAGAUCUAAUUUCAUAUGAGAAUAUUUCUUGUAAAUACAAUGUAGGAUCUAGGGGUCUUCUGAACUCCAAAGCUAUACAAAUAUUUUAUAUCUUGAAACAGAUUUUGGUAGCUGUGAAUGAAAUUAGAAAUCUUGGUUACCGUCCUCAUUCAUUUGGUGAAUUU